AUGAGUGAUACGCCGUGGGUAAUAACUGAAGCAGAAAUGCGAGAAAAUGAUAUUCAGUUCUCGUCUCUUAAUCCAGUAAAUGGAUUUGUUUCCGGUGAACAGGCACGUCCAUUAUUCAUGAAAUCUGGUCUUUCACCAGCAAUUCUAGCUCAAGUGUGGCAUUUAGCUGAUUACAGUAAGGAUGGCAAGAUGGACCGAAUUGAAUUUUCGAUUGCCAUGCAUUUGAUUCGUGCUGUAUUGGCUGGUGCGACGUUACCACCAACUCUUCCGAUCUCCUUAAAGCCUCCAGUGGUGAUAACUCCAUCAUUUCCUCCACUGAUGGCGCAAACACCAAUGGUUACUCCAGUAAUGACCUUUGGCGAACUUCUACCAACUACACAAGAUUUGAUCACUUCUGGGAAGAUACAAGGUGAUUGGACCAUACCGCAUCAUAACAAAUUGAAAUAUUGUCAGCACUUUAAUCAGCUUGACAAAAACAGAAUUGGGUCGCUUAGUGGUGUUCAUGCAAGAAAUAUUUUGGCACAAAGCCAGCUGUCGAAUUCUGUCUUAGCUGAAAUCUGGAAUUUGUCGGAUUAUAAUAAAGAUGGACGGCUUAGCGUAGAAGAAUUUUGUGUUGCCAUGCAUUUGAUUGAUUCAGUUAAGACUGGUUAUUUGCUUCCAAAAACUCUUCCACCUGAGUUAGCUACUCACUGUUCGCGUUCCGUUUCUGAUUCACCAGUACUUGAUCCGAAUGUACCUCCUGCACAAAAAAUUCAAAUACCGAAAACAUUUGAGGACAAACGCCGUGAUAAUUAUGAUCGUGGGCAGGCAGAAUUGGAUCGACGUCGUCAGGCAUUACGUGAAGAGGAAGAACGUCGUCGUGCAGAAUUUGAAAAGAAAGAGAGAGAAUUGGCAGAAAAGAGAGAACGAGAAAGGGAGGAAGCUGAAAGGAAACGUCAGGCUGAACGUGAAGCGGAAUUAGAACGUGAGCAGAAACGCGAAGAAGCUCGUCUGGCAGAAGAAAGACGUGUUUUGGCAGAAAAAGAGAAAGCUAGAAAGGAGAUGGAACGGCAGAGAAAAGCUGAUUUGAACGCUAUACGAAUUCGAGAAAUCAAAGCACAGCGUCAAAAUGAAGUGGACAGCACUCUGGAACGACAGCAACGCCAGAAAAGUCUAUCCUUUCAGCUUCAAGCUCUCGAUGAAAAGUCAACAGAGUUGAACACUAACAUUACUCAAACAAGGGAUCUAAUUGUUGGUAUAACAAAAGAAAUAGAAUCAAUGAAAGUCAGACGUGAUGAAAAAGCAGAAAAAAUUCGAUCAUUGGAAAUAACGAAACAACAAUUAAGCGUGCAAUAUGAACGACUGGCACACGAAAGUCUCCAAAUGCAGGUUGAAUGUCGUAAUAGAGCGCAAAAGGCUGAAGAUCUUGAGCAAGCGAAAAAUGCAAAACAAUCUCUAAUUGCUCAAUUAUCAACGUUGAAUAAACAGUUGAAAGAUGCAAAUGAACGAGCAAAGGUUCAGCAGCAAUUGGUUACCAUGAAAGCGGAAGAAUUCAACGAAUGUAAUUUAAAGUUAACUCAACUUUCGACGCUACAUUUUCAAUUGUACGAACAGAUUAAAACUUUGAAGUUGAAAGUAAAUACCAUAGUUUCUGGGCAAAAUGGUGAUGUGCCGAAUGCUGUGACAACAUCUUUGUUGGGUCACUCACUUAAUAAAACUUCAUCGGUUGAUUCGAAAAGUGUUACGAACGGAACAGUUCAGCAAUUUUCCGUGCCUAGUAAUUCAUUACCAAAAGGAAAUGGUGCUACUGGUGCAGUAAAAUAUCGGGCAUUGUAUGAAUUUAAUGCUCGUUCAGAUGACGAGCUUAGCUUCCAACCAGGAGAUGUUAUUCUUGCAUUUGAAAAUCAUGCCUCAGAACCGGGCUGGUUAGCGGGACAGAUGCGUGACAAAGUAGGAUGGUUCCCCGUAGCAUUUGCCGAACCAAUGGUACCUGUUACUGCUGUUCCUACACAGCCGCCGCAAACCAUAUCAUCUGUUACAACUUCUCCGUCAAGCGAGCCGUUGCAGAGCAUUGUAGAGGAACCGCCUGCUGCGGUUGUUAAAUCAGCUUCAGGAACUUUAGGUGCUUCACCAUCCGGACAAGAAAAACGGUUACCUGUUCUGGGAGCAGCAGUUGCAUUAUAUCAGUGGAAGGCAAGAAAUGAUAAUGAGUUAAGUUUUUCGAAAGGAGAUACUAUCGAGAUCCUGGAACAGCUAGAAAUGCGGUGGAAGGGUCGUAAUAAAUCUGGCUCAGUUGGUUGGUUCCCCAAAUCGUACGUUUCAAUGUCAGGUGGAGAUAAGGCCGAUUUGAAAGAUAAUUUAGUAAAAGAUCAAGUUGAAAAGUCAAAAGAAUCGGAUGCAAAGGAACCUUCUGUACCUUCAUCUAUUCCCUCAGCUGGUGCAGUAUAUGAUAUUGUUACAGAAACACCAGCUGAAUCGACAUCAGGCGAAUGGUACGUGGCACUCUAUGAUUUUCAAGCAAUGGAACCAACAGAUCUCGAUUUGCAUGCAGGUGAUCGUAUUCUUGUUACGGAAGCAAUCAAUGAAUGGUGGAAAGGAACUUGUAAUGGACGAACUGGAAUUUUCCCUGCGAAUUAUGUGCAAAAAUGCCCACCUUCUUCAGGUGAUGUAUCGCAGUCUGAAAGUGCAGACUUUGGUACAGGCAGAGCUAUUGCUGAUUUUGAAGCUACAGCGGAAAAUCAGUUGUCUCUGAAAGUUGGUGAUAUAGUAAAAGUUCAAAGCAAAUCAUCUUGUGAUAAUAACAUUGAAGUAACAUUUUUGCAGAUUGUUUCCGAUGGUGGAACUAAAAAAUUUGGUUGGUUCCCAGGUAAUUAUGUGGAAAUCUUAGGUGGAAAUGAACUGAAAGCAGAAGCCUUAUAUGAUUACCAGGCACAGCGUGAUGAUGAAUUAUCUUUUAAAAACGGUGAUAUCAUAAUAGUCACUGAUCAAAGUGAUGGCGAAUGGUGGAAAGGACGUCUCCUGAAUGACAAAAGUAAUACUGACGCACUCUUCCCAGGAAAUUAUGUUCAAUUGCGGUAG